GGACAAGCGACUUUUCAAACGGGGGUUAAACUGUUUCGUGAUCCACCUGUUUCUGCUUUACAUAUGAGUUAAUUCUGGUAUGUGACAGUUAUUCAAAUGAUGGCGAUUCAUCUACUACGCAAUUUCAUCAUCUCAUUUGCGUCCUUAUGAAAUUGGUUGAUCACUGGGUUUAAGUGGCUUGACAUUCUGAAUCCUUUGUAUGAAUCCAAAAUUAGUUUUGUAGCUCACUACAAACACUUGGCCGCUUUUCCACCUAUCUAAAUAAUACAGCAUGGUAGAUUUGCGGCAUAUCUUUGAAUUUGGUCUUCGUAUCUAGCGUAAGUAGUCAUUUUACCAACCACCAAUACUUAACAAACUGGGAAGUUGUAGUUUCCUAUGUCUGGUGUUAAGACGUUGAUCGAGUACAAGUGUCGUUAACUUGAUGUUUACAGUUCAUCAUUAUGGCCAACUGACUGUUGGUAUCAAAUAUAAAUUAUUCAGUGAGACUAAUAUAUGGACGACCUUUAAGCUACCCUAAAGAGUCCUUGAGAAUUCCCACCUGCAUAUUACGGCUAAAUGAGGGUUAUAAACCAGCGUGAGGAAUUAGGAUCGGUAUUUACAGUUGAUGACUAGGGUUAAGAAUCAGAUAUGGAGUUUUCAUCACGAAUUGACAACAUCUAUAAUGCCAAAACUCAAGACCUGUUGUCGUUAAUCUGAUUGGUCCACCCAUAAAUUAUAGUUUCGAUGCUUGCGUGAAAACCACCAUAUUUAAUGGUGUAUAGUUGAUACGUUUGUGCACGAAUUUACUACUGUCCAACUCCAACGUCAACACGUUGAACGCAACUAUUAAUAUAUUCUUUCCUGUCCUUUUAACUAAAGUGAGUAGUUAAGAUUCUAUAUAGAAGCUUUCUUGAUAGAUACCCUGUAAUAAUCAAGUUUAAAUUUAGGUUAGCUAGUUAUCGACUAUAACAUUUAUAACAUACGGACUUGAAAAUUUGCUCUAAGUACAAAUAAUAGUGAACAACUCAUCGAAAGCCCUUUAAUUAAUGUGGGAACGUUGGGAUUCGACCUUACAUUCAUGUUGACUUGGUGUCGAUCUUCUCUCCCAUAAGUUAUAUUUAAGGAUUUCACAUCCCCAACAGAAGCACUGCCAAAUUAUGAGAUGCAAUUGCGUCUGGCAACUCCUUCAAUUGCUGACUGUGAAAUGUUAAAUUAUUGUGUUGCUAAAUUACUCUACAAAUAAACUCUUCCUUGUUAUCUUUCUUACCCCAAAUACAUGAGGUGUUCGUAGCAUCAUUGGAAUACAAAAAUACCAACGACUUCGAUGCGUGGUGGCUAAAGUAUACUAUCUGAUCAAGUAGUGCUUCAACAAAGUCAGUUGUAUCAUUUCUUUUUAUUUUAUCAUAAAAUGUAUGCAAGACUACUAGUUUCUGUAACUUUUAUCCUUUUUAUCAAAUACGUACUUACUUUGAUCGAUUGUACACCUGUUAACAAUAAUUUUUUCAUUACAUUAAAUCUAACUCUAGUAGGGAAUGGUGCUAAUCGUGAAUAAUCCUACUAUUUCACCAAAGACGUCCACUGUUCUAUCAGUAAAAGAUCCCAUUUGUACUACUGGAGGAUGUGUAGGUUCUUCUGAAGAUAAGAUUGCCAUUCCAACAGCCGAGAAAUUAUAUAUUUUGAAUUUUUCUCUUUCACUUCAUGACGACCAUUCUAAGAAGAUAGCAAUUGCUCAAGAAGUUGACUUUGUUGCCCGUGGUUCUUUAAGGAUCGAACUUGAUGAUGAUUGUAUGUUAAAAGGAUCUGAAGUUGACCAUGAAGUCAAAUCCUCACUCAAAGAAAACGUAAACAGAUCUGUUCUCUUUCCUUAUGAACAAAUGAAUCGAGACAUCUUGAAUCUCAAGAAUGGAGCUCGGUUAGUUUCCUGGAGUCCAAGAGGAGUUGACAAAUAUGAAAGGUGUAUAAUGAGUUUAACAACAAUGGAAAAUCGGUCAUUUUUGUGCACACUUAAAGGAACUGAAUCUUGGGAAGAAUCAGUCGAUCUAUCGUUAAUUUGGCAGCAAUACUAUGUUGAACAUGGUAGGAUCGCGCAAAGUCGAAAGGUGGUUGUUGAUAGUCGACCUCAGUUUAUUUUCCAACCUACUGAAUGUAGUAAUAUUCCACCAUUAAUAUGUAAAAAUAUUAUGGAUUAUUUCGAUGCAAUAGAAGAUGUUAUAGUUGUUUACACAAGUUGGUGUCAGAUAAUUCGACAACCUCAAAUAAAAUCCACUAAUUCAAUGAAUUUGAAAACUGUACCUUGCUUAAAUAAUAACAGGUCCUAUUUCGUGAUACCAGUUGACACAACUCAACUUGUUACUGAAUCAUUUUCAUUAUGCCCAGUGACAUUUUUGGCAGUCUUAAUGAAAUCUGGUGCAUUCUCUGUAUGGAUGGUUUCAGUACCAUUUUCUGGAGUGUCAUCAAUGUCAUUGUUGUGGGUAGAUUAUACAUACACUGUCGUGCGCAGCGAUUCGAUGGAUAAACACCCAAACUAUAUCAAACUUUAUGAUUUGGAUAGUCUCAAUCUCUUACUUGUUUUGGGUUUUACUGAUGGUUCAGUGAAAGGUUUAGUGUUCCCUAUUGAAUAUUCUCCAACUGGUAUUCUGGUAUUAACAGUACCUUAUUUAUUCAAUCUAUGGACAACUUCAUUGUAUCAUGUAACCAUUUUAGCAUCAGCCUGGUCAAUGUCUCGUCGUUUAUUAUGCAUUGGCUAUGGUCGUCAUUUGUUAUUAUUUCAUAUAGCUAAGGAAGAUUUAGAGAUUUGUUUCCAACAACAGAACCAGCACCAAGAACAACCAAGUAACCAAUCAACACCAUGUCGUGGACGAGAUCCACUGUAUUUGGUUAAAAGCCAAUUUGUUAGUCAACCAAGUCCUAUUUUAGGCUAUAUUACUGGUAUGCAUUUGGACAAUGAACAGUUAUUACUGACUAGUGUGGAUGGUUACGUAAUGCGCACCAGUCUUGAUGAAGUGUCUGAAUGUAAGUUGAAUUGGCAAGUUGUUUGGUGUAGUUCUAAUUACGAUAAAUCUGAUGUAAUCCAUUGGGAAUUUCAUGGAUUAUCAGUUUCAACGAAUGGGGUUUAUGUAUGUUUUCUUGAAAAACCAUGCAAUUAUUUAGACAAUAAUCGUGCACGACGCAGUGCUCUACUUUCACCUAGAGUCCAUUUUUUAUCGUUUUGGUCAAAUGAUAGUUUACAAGAAAUUAUAUUUAACCCUGAAUUACCUUUAAAUCGUAAAGUUGAUUGUUUACAAGAGUUAUUACAAAGAUGGCAUUUAUCAAACGACAAAGCUGAUAAUUUAUCUAGCAAUACAACAGAUUUACGACAAAUAUGUUUGGAGAAAAUUGAUUUUCACCAGGCUUCUCUCACUGAUUCUUCGUUUCCUCAUAGUUGGUUGAAUAAGCCACUUACAACGCUUCAAAUUUACAGGUUUAUUCUGUGUAUGCUCAACAAAGACACCGAUGAAUCUAUCAAAUCCCGUGCACAACUUUGGCUGACUAAUUUAGAUAAUUUUAUCCAACAACGUCAUUUGGAACGAUGUUUUCGUUUAUUUCUUAAAUGUUCUAUACAAAGACAAGCACGUGAUUGUUUAUUAGUUUCACAAAUGGCCACAAUCACUUUAAAUAUUUUCCGACCAACGUCACAAACAUUGACUAAUACACCUAGCACUACGACAACGACGACGACCACUACCUCUACCACCAUUGAUGCUGUAUCUAGUUGUAUAUCUAAUAAAAACGAAGAUGAUACAAUGAUUCUCAAUGGAACUUCAAAUAAAUAUAUAUGUUUUGUCAAAGAUUUACCUCAAUUAGCUAGAAAUGUUCAGCAAUUAGCUAUACAACUCUAUGUGCAUCGUUUUAAAUUUCCAUAUGAAAAUAUCAUCAAUCAAUUACAGAAAUGUCCAAUAUGCUCAGAAAAUGUCAUUCCCGACCUAAUUUAUUUGAAUUGCUCUCAAAACCAUCCAUUUGGCACGCGUACAGAGAGCGUAUAUAUCAGUAGCUGAAUUGGAUAAUAGUAUCACACAAAAAAUACCUAAACUUUUUUGAUUUAAUAGUCGUUUUUUCGUACAUUUCUUUUUUCUUCAGAGCGUUGCAUGCAAUCUCUAGAACCUUGCAUUGAUCCUAUGUUUCGUCAUUGCAUUCGGUGUAAUCGUGUAGCUCUUAGCGUAUCUCCUCAAGGUAUGAUGUAGAAUUGUGUGAUUUUUGAAGAUUAUUAUCACUACUCUUCAUGUUAUUUCAUAAGUCUCAAUCUAGUUAAAAUCUCUUUGAAUAAAUACUCAUAUCCUACUUUUUACAUCACUACAUAAUUGAUUGACAUUUGAAUAGUAAACUGUUACGGCAUGAAACCUAGUUUAAAUACCAAAUGAUGUUUUGUUACAUCAAUGAUGUUCACAAAUAAAGUUAUAAUAAGCCUGUUUUUGUCAUCUGCAUUUCUGCAUAAAUGACAUCUGUUUUUCCUCGAUCAUGUAUGCAUUUUAUCAGUUUUAUAUCAGUGUAAGAUUAUUCAUGUUAGUUAUUAACAACUACUGAAUAGAUUUGCAUUCAUAAUCGUUGUACCGUGAAUGAUCUUUAUUUUACUGUUUGUAUCCUCGUAAAAUGAUUAUAUUAGUUUGAUUUAAAAUAUCAGGCGAUAUAUGAAAUGAGAUGAGCUUAGGGUACUAUUCAAUUACUGCAUUCUAAAACACCGCAUAGAAUGAAUAUAUCUGGAUUACCAUAACAAACUUUGAGCCAUGUCACUGUUUUCGUCUGACCAUUGAUUCUAACUACCUGAUCGGAAAUUCCAAGUAGAUUACCAAUUCACAUACUAUAAUUCCUUUUCCAAUCAUCACAUUUCGAGUAAACCCGUUUAUUGACAUCCUGCUCUAUAUUGAUGGAAGGUUUUGAUUCAAAUUUAUCAGAUUUGUAAUUGACAAAUGUUCAUAAUUUAAAAGGCAUGGAGUUCUUUUUGUCUAUAAUAUUCAAAGCGUUUGAUCGAAUUGGACUCACUAUUAUUUUAUCUACCUGCAUACAAAUGGGAAACACACUCAUAAAUACUUGGUUCUCUGAAAUAUAUCUCGAAACAAAUCAGUAUGAAGAAAGUAAAUACAGUCUCCGUCUUAUAGAACGACUAGUACUGUACACAUCUCUUCGAUCUGUAAUACUAAACUGAUAUUGAGUUUCACGGACAUGUGUCGUUUGUUAGUGUUUGUUUAUAAAUAUCUUUGAUAUUUUUCUCGUAUAUGUUGGAACCGUUAAGUGUAUAACAUUGAAAAUAUACGUUGAAUAAUAUAACAAUAGUAAAUUAAUUAAUCAGUCCUUCAACGUCCAUCUUCUAAUAUCGUUUAUACAGUGUUACUGAUGUUCAGCCAUGAUCUACUUCGACGUGGAGUUGUAGCUGUGAUUCCAGUAGAUCGAGAAAAUGCUAUAUGCAACCAAAUCAAAACAUACUAUCAAUCUGUGAAUUAUUUAAAUAUUCAACACAAGUGUUUCAGAAAUUGUAGACAAUGUGAUUAUUUCCCACGUAAUAAUCGUAAUCCAUUGUUAAUUCUUUUGUUUGGCAUUCAGUACUGAAUUUUCAUCCGUCUUGGCAUAUGUACAUCAUCGGGGGAUUGCCUCUAUAUAACAAUUCGCUAUAAGCUUUAGUACAUUUGAAUUUUGGCUAGAAGUGGCUAGCACUAAUACGAGUAGACGUAAUACGUGUUGAUAAAGCGAUUAGUUAUCUGAACUACUUAGUAUAACGGAUAAUGCGUUUGCGUUUGUAGUGUUAGAUUCUGUUUUUCGGUCAUAGUGUGGAUAUUAACACUAGGAUGGUGGUAUAUCCAGUUGACGAUCUUAGAAAUGGACGAAACGCGCCUUACUGAUUCCACUGCUAGUCUGUAAUCCAAAUAUAAUUAUUUAUAGGUCGUAUUGUUUCUAUUUUACCGUUGAAUCAUCAGUUAAGCUAUCGUUAUUUUUAUUCCCCAAACCAUUUGUCAUUAGAUCGUUUAUCCGCUUGGCGUUCAAUGAUACUUCAUCCAAUGUGUAUAUAUUGUGAUUUACCAUUGACGUGGAAAGAAUUCUAAUGCUUAUUUUAUCAUAAUUUUUAUUCCUUGAAUAUACCGACAAGAUCCUUAUGUUUCAUUUCAUCUAUAUAUAAAUGUCCAUUUCAAAUUCGAUUUUUAUUCUGUAUUGUCGAAUGUAAAUUUUAAUAAUGAUGUUAGUACU